UGAGAGGGAGAGAGGGAGAGAGAGGGGGGCAGAGCUGCAAUUUCUGCCCUGCUGCUGCAAUUUCUUAUGAGGAUCAUCUUUUUUUUCUUUUUAAAGAAUAUAGAAUUCAGAUAUUUAAAAACCCCCUCCCAGUUUGAUCCUUCCUGGAUUUUUUUUAAGAGGGGGCAGGAAAAAAAUGUCGGUCUGUUUUGUAGAAACUGAUCAGGACUCGGUGGCGUUGAAAGCUUUCCAGAAGUUUUCCAAGAUGUCCAGUGACAGACAAAGGUCAGAUGACGAAAGCCCAAGUACCAGCAGUGGUAGUUCAGAUGCAGAUCAGAGGGACCCACCAGCACCUGAACCCGAAGAGCAAGAAGAAAGAAAGCCUUCUGCAACCCAGCAAAAGAAAAAUACCAAACUCUCCAGCAAAACUACUGCUAAACUAUCCACUAGUGCUAAAAGAAUUCAGAAGGAGCUAGCGGAAAUAACCCUGGAUCCACCUCCUAACUGCAGCGCUGGGCCUAAAGGUGAUAACAUUUAUGAAUGGAGAUCUACUAUCCUUGGUCCCCCAGGUUCUGUAUACGAAGGUGGCGUCUUUUUCCUGGAUAUCACAUUUUCAUCUGAUUAUCCAUUUAAACCACCAAAGGUUACCUUCCGUACUAGGAUCUACCACUGCAACAUCAACAGUCAGGGAGUCAUCUGUCUGGAUAUUCUGAAAGACAACUGGAGCCCUGCUUUGACUAUUUCAAAGGUUUUGCUGUCUAUUUGUUCCCUCUUGACAGACUGCAAUCCUGCUGAUCCUCUGGUGGGAAGCAUAGCCACUCAGUACCUGACCAACAGAGCGGAACAUGACAGGAUAGCCCGGCAGUGGACCAAGAGAUACGCAACAUAAGCCACGGUGACUACUUUGUGCAGUGUGAAGGUGCAGGGAUGCGGCCUUGCAGUGUGCAACCAAUCUUUAUAGCCUUUACAAUACGGACUUCUGUGUAUAUGUUAUAUUGAUUCUACUCUCUGCUUUUAUCCUUUUGAAGAUUGGGAUUCUGCCUCCCCUCCCUCCUGGCCCCCCACCCCCCCUUCUGCCCCCCAAAAGGUAAAUGCUAUCAGGAGUAGAACUUUGUAGCUGUAGAUUAGUUAUGUUUAAAAUGCCUACUUGCAAGUCUUGCUUCUUUGGGAUAUCAAAAUGUAUUUUGUGAUGUAACUAAGGAUACCGUUCCUGAAGUCAACCAAAUAUUAUAGUGCAUUUUAGCCUAAUCCAUUAUCUGUAUGAAGUUAUUAAAGGUAGCUGUAGAUGACUAGGAAUUACGUCAUUUGUAUUAAGCCCAGAUCUAUUUCCGAUGUGUGGUACAUGCUGUUGUGAAAACUGUUUUAAACUUUUACCUUUGUCGGUUUGUAAUGAAAGGGACUCCUUUGUCCCCCACCCCUCCCAUCGACACCCACCUUGUAGCUCAGAGAGCAUCCAGUGUAUCAUCUCAAACACAAUAAAUAUGUUCCCCAAGGAAGAGCUUCUUUGUUUUCAUAUUUGAAAUUAAAAUGGCAGCACACUGUGAUGGACUGGAAGGCAGGGCUGCUUCUAUGAGGUCCCCUGUGGACAGUGAGCAGAAGGAAGGACGGACCAAGCACAAGACCAUCUCGGUUACCCUUAAGGCUGAGCAGGCCCGGCUUCGUGUGGCUCCGAACCUACCCCUUGUGGCUGCAGCAGUGUGCUUCGGGGUCUGAGCUGAAGCAGGGACCUCUGAGGCCUGGGAGGUGGACCGUUUCCAUCCUCCUCCCACUCCCAGAGCCACAACCCUUUAAAAAUGAAUCUACUGUGAAUCUACUUAUCGGCAGCUGCCCUGGACUGGAAGCUUAUUCUGUGGCACAGUUCAGGGAUAUAAAUAUUUUAAAUAAAUGCAAUCGUCAACAGCAAGCUAGCAGGCAGAUCAGGACUGUCAGCUUAACCGUAUCCUCCUGCCACCUGUCCCAUUUAAAAUCCCCCCGCCAGCUCCUGAUAGCCCCAGGAGGAAAGCUCUCAUUUGCCCCAGUGGAAUCUCACUCCAGUCACAGCAAAUAAUAUCUUUGCCGGUGGGGGGGGGGGAUUUUUGUUGGGACCACAGCAAGGAAAGAAGGAACUGAACCACUUCCCCUUGUGCUCCCAGUGAAAAGCUCCUCUCCUGCACCAAAUAUGUCCUAUUUUUAAAAACACCCAUGUGGCUACAAGUGUCAAGCCUCAUUUGGUGCUGAGCUUUCCUUAAAGGGUGAAUGGAACUUAAUACUUACUGUUUAAUCUUUCACUGUUCCAGCACAAAUGAGUUUGGCACAACAUGUGAAUGGUGCAGAUGACCAGAGGCCAAGUGUGCAUGCUACAACCCGAUAAAUGACUUAAAUGGGCAACGCAUGGCCACAGGCCUCUUGAGGCCGCCUGUGUCCUCUGAGGCCCUCCCCGCCAAAUUAUUAAUUGAAAAAAGGCAUUGGUUUGUGCUUAUAUAGUGCCAAGAGGAUCAAAUUAGCUUGACUCUUUUGGUGCUCUAUAGCCAUUUUAGCCAACUAAAAGGGCCACAGUUAUUUCGCAAACAUUCUAAUUUAGACACUUUGAGCACUCUGUAGCCAUUGCAGGCUAUAUUUAAACCAAAACAUGUUUUGAAAUUAUUUUCCAGCACCCAUGGAGGGAUUCAGUGGGCAAACAUGGCCCUCGGAACUCUCCGGGUUGCCCACUUUUGUCGUAUUGGCUGGGCAGAAGUAUCAGAUGAUGUAGCACACUUCUGCUCCCAAUCAGGAAUUCAGUGAAGUUAGAAAGUGAAUGGUAAGACUCUUCUCGCUCUUGAACAGAAAAGUAACCCUCAGCCCAUUUUCCAAGUGGCUCCCUGAGUUCUACUGUAUGUUAAGUCUUACUGCAUUCACCCAGUGUUGACUUGAGCAAUGAGUGUAGCAAACAAGUCUUGCUAUUUCUUCACACAUCCAGUGUGAAUGAGCAGCCCAGCUAAUCAUAUGAUUUCCUAUUUGGUUUUCCAUGGUCAUCCCCGCUCCCAGCUCUAAUUUUCCAUAAAUGAACUCGCUUUUGCAAGAUAAAUGCACAGGUCUUAAAAAGCCUGAGGGGCUAGGUUUGCUUUCCAUCAACAUUGCUGCAGAUCUUGCCAAUAUUUUCUUAACAUGUACCAGAUCACAGAGAGUUCAGUGCUUUAGAUUUCAGUUUAAAGUUCCAGCCUAUUUAAUCAUGUUAAACUGUCUUCCGAAGCAGCAAAACUGCAUGCUCUGUUUACCAGCUUUUCGCAAAAUGGAAUAAGUAGCAUAUUAUUGAUCUGGAACUGUAACAUUCAUCUGAAACUGCAAAAUGCACUUUUGUAAGUGGAACAUAGGUUUAAAUAAUGUGUAAUUCUGAGCAGAAUCCAUUCAGAAGAUCCCCUGCAUAAGCUGCCGUGAAAUGAAUGGGGCGACCCAGACGCAACACUCUUGUCCCUCCUUCUGUGGACAUUGCACAGAAUAAUUCCCUGGUAGAUGGAACCCUUUCUCUGUGUGGAAGGUUGAAUCUUCCGCUACUCCAGCUGGGGAUUUCAGCCCCAACGUGCUCCUGCCCUGCCCUCGUUGGCUGUACCAUCACAAACACUACAAUGCCGUAUAUGGAUGGUUUGAUUGUGUGGGUAGCUUGGAUUACAAGCUGAGCUUUCGUGUCAGUAUUCCCUGGGAAUGAGCUUGUAAUCAAAGGAUCCAUGCAUUACCAGUGGGCAUAGACCCAGCAGGAAUAUGUAUGAGUUCGGGCCCAAGACACAGGCAUGCAUUCUAGAUAUUUGAUCUGGAGCAAUUACUUACUCUUCCAUUCUGUUUUCCUUUGUAAUAAAGCCAGCAAAAAAGCUCAGACAGGGAAAAAUGAUUUCAGAUGACUGAUCUGCUGAGUCUCUUGGGCCCUACCCCAACCAAAUCUGAUGUGUCUUUUUGGAAAUGUUAGAGCACCUUUGUCAAAGAGUUCUGUGCUGGACUUCUCGAUCGCUGAAUUUCAGUAUUUUUGGCUAGCUUGAGUACUUCACUAUGAAGACAUCAGGAGGCAUCAUUGUUCCAAAUGUAAGGCAGCCUUCCCUAGUUCUUGUCCUCUAGGUGUUUUAUGCUGCAACUCCUAUCAGCCCCAGGGCAACAUGGCUAGUCAGGAAUGAUGGGAAUUGUGAUCCAAAACAGUGGAGAACACAAGGUCGGGGAAGGCUGCUAUAAGAUUUGUGGUCUCAAGAUGUGACUUCCAGAGUGAUGUUCCUUGACGUUUAUGCCUGCAUAUUCUGAGAAGUGGCUGAACAGGUGACACCGGGAUCUCUCGACUAAAAGCCAUUUUCACUCCUCCUGUGAGAGGGCCUUGUUGGCAGCUUGGGUUCUGUUUCAAACCCUGAAGUAAAAGCCCGUGUGGCAUAAGGUCUGUAAAUACUGUAGUUGUCCACGGGGAGUUGCGAAGAACUGACCCCAUCCCUCGUUUCUUAUUGCAGUGGGCGAAGCUGGACUGUACAGCCCCAGACUGCAGAGUGGCUCUCAUGACCGGAAAGCUUCUUUUUUUCAAAUCAGUGCCUUCUGCAUUGAAAACUAGGUCAGAGAGAAGCCUUCUAGCCUAGCCCUGUCCCUGACAUGCCAGUUUUCUGUGUACGGGGAGCUUGUGUGUUGUGGGGGAGCUUUUGCAUGUCGAAUCACUCGGUCAUAGGAGCCCCACAUGCAGUCUGGGCCGCAAGGAGCUUCGGCACCUCAUGAGAACCGUCCAUGCACCUAGUUGUGUGAAGAGCACGGGGGUCAUGAUGGGGGGUCUGAAGCACGCUUGAGCCAGGCACCCUUCAUGAAUUUUAGUGGCUCCCACUAAAAGGAAUGGCGUUUACACGGCAUGCAGGCUUUGUAAAUUCACCCGAUAAUUUAUGAGCAUUAAGGAACAACAACUUCGAAGUGACUAGCAAAUGGGGAGGGACUCCGAAGAUGUCGCUGUUCCCAUGUGCUGAUAAAGGUCAUCCAUACGUUGCAUGUACAACACUCCUGCAAAUUUACAAUAAAGGGCAAAAUGUAUAUUUCACAUAUUACAUAUGUGGCCUGCAAAGCUUUAAAAUAUUUAUAUCACAAAAUAUAGAGUAUAAUUACAACCUUAUUCUUGUUUUUAAUGUACUAAAAUUUCCUCUUGCACCUCAGAUUUCAGAACCUUUCUCAAGAUUGGCCCUGUUUCCUUUACUAAACAUUUGAUUAUGGAUUCUGAAUUUCCUUCUUGUCAUUGGUUUGUCACAACCUUGUUCUUUUUAAUGUAGUUUUUUUGUCUGUAAAUUUUAUAUUUACUGAAGUAAGAGCUUGGGGGUUUUUUGUGUAUACAUUUAAACUUAAAAGGAAAAAAACUUAAUUUUGUUUCUCAACUUUUCUCUGCUUACACCAUGCGGUAGAAAGAAAUUUGUAUUGUUAAAUAAAUCAAAUAGUUGUUAAA